AAAAUGAAUAUUAACGUAAUGUUAGAUGAACCUUUAACAAGUAAUAGUUGCGUAAAACUCGUAAUUGAGCUUCUAAAAUAUAUUUUAUAUCAAAAACAACAAAUACCUUUUACGUACGAUUCAUUGUCUCAAUUAAAAAUGAAACCAACUGACAGAAAUUCGACUUCUAUAAGAACAUUAAUAAAUUCUUUAAAAAGUACGUCAGAGCAAUUAAAUACGCAAUUUCAUCUUAAAGACUGCAAAAUUAAAGAAAUUGCUAUACUCAUUGGUGCUACAAUACUGUCACCAAAAUUGCUUAUCAGAAUCGAAUUUCCAUUCAAUAUUCUUAGUAGCAAAGAACAUUUGGAAUGUAAACAUGCUUCUAGGAAAUUUCUAUUAAGCUUAAUGAGGUCAAUGUUGGAAUGUUCUGAAUUUCAAGAUGCAUUAACUUUACCAUUAAAUCCGACAAAUACCUUUGUACUUAUACACAAAAGUGACAGUAAUUCAGUGUCAGAGUUUUUUUUACCUAAACCGCAAUAUUUGCCUCCCAUUCAAACUUCAAAUUAUUUUGUCAUUAAAUUACAGCACAAUGAUGAAAUAAAAAUUAACUGUAAUUGUAUAAAUAUAGUGAAAGUUUACAAUGAAGUAUCUGAAUCUAAGACUAACGUAGACAAAGACAUAGAAUUUUUAAAUAAUUCAAGUAUAUGCAUUACACAAGUUCCCUACCAAUGGUACCAAUCCAGAGAAGUAAUUAAAGGAUUUAAAUUUUUAAGAUGA